AUGUAAACAACUUCAGGUGAAUCUGACGCAAAUUAAUUCUUAAAAAAUCAAGAAAUGGUAAAAAACUUACUUGAAACUAUUGACAAAAAAUCAUUAGAGGAAAUAAAGUUAUAUAUAGAGACCGUAGAAAAGCAAAUUAAAAAUAAAAAACAUCCAUAUUCAUAAUUUUCAAAAGUUUCAGAAUUAAUAAAUACAACAAAAGAUGGCAAAGGUCGUUCUUCAUUACACUUUGCAUCUUCUCGCGGUGACAUAAAAAUAGUCGAUUAUUUAAUAUCUUUACAAUCUGAUUUAAACUAACAAGAUUCAGAGGGUAAUAAUGCAUUCUUUAUUGCUGUUUAACAUGGACAUUUGGACUUAGUAAAGUAUUUAUGUGAUAAUUAUAAAUAAGAUCCUUUAUAAAAACGUAAAAAAGAUAUAAGUGCAAUCCAUUUAGCCAGUUCUAAUGGUGAUAUAAAUAUGAUAGAAUUUUUAUUAUAAUAAAAAGCAAAUAUUGAAGAACCUAGUUCUUUUGGAUUUCCAAUUAAUUGGGCUGCGGGUUAUAAUUAAGUGAAUACAGUAAAAUAUUUGAUAUAAAAGGGAAGUUCUCUUAAUGGAGAUUCUAAAGGAUGUAUUCCUGCACCUUUAAUAUUAAGUGUAGAUUAUAAUAACAAAGAGUUAUUUUAAAUUUUGAUUAAUCAAAAAGCAGAUGUUAAUGUGAAAGAUUCGAACGGGUGGAGUGUAGUUUAGUUAGCUGCAGAAAAAGGAAAUUUAGAAUUUAUAUAAGAAUUGAUAAAAAAUGGAGCAGAUGUAAAUUAUAUUAAUUAGGAAAAAAGCGCACUUUAAUUAGCCUUUGAAAAUAAAUAAAUGGAAGCCUAUUCUUUUCUUAAAAAACAUACAUCAAUAAGUUUUGAUGAAAAUUAAGCUGCUAUUAAUUAAUUAUAAGAUUAGAAAUAAAAUAAUGAUACUAUUUCUUAUCAACCUACUAAAGAUAAAGAAAAAGCUAAUGCUUUGAAAGAAAAAGGUAAUAUACUUUUUAAAGAUAAAAAAUACUAAGAAGCUUUUGAAUUUUAUAUUUAGGCUAUUGAAUAUGAUAACUAAGCUGUUGCUUUAUACACUAAUGCAGCUGCUGCGUGUAUUUAUUUGUAAAAAUAUAAUGAAGGACUUUAUUUUACGAAAAGGGCAAAAGUUUUGGAUGAAAAAUGGGUUAAAAGUUAUUUCAGAGAGGCUGAAAUUUACACUGCAUUAAAUGAUUUUUCAGAAGCAGCUGUAAGCUAUUGGGAAUGCUUGAAAAGAGAACCAGAUAAUAUAUUAUAUAAAAAGUUAUUCGAAUAAUUGUUCUAAAAAGCAAAAGAAAAAAACAAAAAAAUGAAUUAAUGA